AUUAUAUUGAAGUCUUCCUCGAACAAUGCGGUUACUGGUAGUACUAGCUCUGUCGCUGGCCGUGUGUCUGGUGUGGGCGCGUCCCGAGCCGCGCCCCGACGACGACUUCGAGCAGCCGUCCGACCAAGCAGCAGAGGAGCAGCCGGAGGAGGAACAACCAGAGGAGCAACAACUAGAGGAGGAACCAGAGGAGGAACAACCGGUGGAGGAACCAGAGGAGGAGAUUGAGCAGGAUUACACCACUUGUGACAUUGUAGAGCUGACUGACGCUGAUGGCCAGUCCCUCGCCAACGCAUGCACGCUGUUUGCUGACCCGAACUAGAGCAGUCGAGCGAGUCUCUCACUCGCGGACACGACCAGCAAUGUCCUCCAGUCCUGCAGCAAGUCGAACCAUUCUGUCACAUCAAAUAUAAUGCGCCACACAGGCCACGCCAUACUUGUACUGUAAACAAUAAUAAAAGUAAUGGUUCACGUCUCA